UUUGCAGUUCAAUUCGUGACGAUUAAGGGAGCAUGAGUUCCGGGGCUGGUGAAAAUGUCAUUUACGAUGACGAACCGGAGCUUAAUCCGAUUUGAGAGCGCCAAGGAUGAGGACGAAUGGAAGCGGACGUUAAUAUUUUUCAAUGUCGAUAUUUCGGGGGCAGUGUGCUGUGACCGCCGAAACGAGAUUACGGCGCCAAGGACCUCGGAGUGCAAUGGAAAGCGACGAAAUCCCGGCGGAGGAUUGGGCAAUCCAAUUACAGAGAGUGCGAUGUCAUUUGGGGCACCAAAUAAAUUCCAUGCUCACAGUCAUGAUGAUUUUGAUCACGGCAAUUAUAGCCGUAGAAGAGAUAACUCUGCUUAUUUUGACAGUUGUAGGCACUUUCAUCAUAGAACAACUGAGCCUAGGCGUGGAAUUGCUGUUAAAGAAUCGGUUUCCCCAUGCAAUUCAGUAAAUUCUGCGGAUUUUCAUUUUACUCCCGACAAUGAAACUGAAAGGCUAUACGAACAUGAUGAAUACUACGAGGAAGAGGAAUGUGAACCCUGCCAUAAGAUCGACCUAACCUCUGAAUUUUCUGAAGAAGAGAAAACUUUUAGACAUUAUCAAAAAAUAGAGCCAAAUACCUAUUCAAGAUUUGAAAGUCCCAAUAAUUACUACUCUUAUAGUCCAAGGCAAACACAAGAACACUAUAGAGAAACUCGCUUACCGGAACCUUAUGAAAGAGACUAUUAUUAUCGAGAAGAACCUCAUAAUAAUUAUAAAAGAGAUUAUAUUGUAUCUUUGCCACGUGAUCCGAGAUCGACUCCUCAGAAGAGUAGACCAAAACGAAUACAUAGACAAGCUUCAGGAUAUUUGCCACGCGAACAUGCUCCAAAUUAUUAUCUCCAUGAGUACAAGGAUUAUAAAAAUAGGAAUGAUUAUAAGCCAGACCAAAAUUACAAAAGGCAACCUGCUAAAAAUUACCAAAACCAAUAUUCGGAUUCACAUCAUUUUGAUUAUCCAGAUUAUUACGAACACAAACGCUUAAAACCACCUAGGACCCCUUUUCCUAAACCCCAACCUAAGUACCACAAAUAUUAUAGUAAUCAACCGUCAUACAAGGAUAUAAACGAACCUUUGAAAUAUCCUAGAAAAAUGUACAAAGCUGAAGUAGAACCGAGAUUCCAAGAUGAGAAAAUGCCAUUUCUCAAACCGCCUGAAGCUCCCCAAAUAAAAUACAAUAGAAGUAAUCGGCAUUACCAACCAGAGAAAAUUCCACAUAGAAAAAGUUGCAACCAUUGUCCCGCGACCAGAGAAGCAGCAAAGAAGUAUGAUGAAAUAUCUAAAGAUAUUUUUAGCCUUGGUCAGCCCCUAAGACACAAUUUCAACAAUUCAGUUGAUAGAUCUUAUAAAGAAAAGAAGUCCAACAGAAAACUUGAAAACAGAUACAAAAUUCAUAGUAAUGCAGAGCAGUCUAAUACAAACAUUUCUAAAAAAUACUUUAAAGAUGAAGUUUCCCCUAGAAAAAACCCUAAUAAUGUCAACAACGAUGUCCCUAGACCACAAAGAAUCUUAAGAUCAGGGACUAAAUAUUUGAAUAAAUCUACAUCUAGAGAAUAUAAUCGUCAGAAAAGUCGGAGUUAUCAUAAAUCUCCAGUGGAUCAAAAAAAGGCUGUAGACUUUGUCCGGUUUAAGGACUUAAAUGAGGGAUCAGAGAUUCCACACAGAAUUCGAGAAUGUAGCAAAACACCAUCGUCAAUAUUUUUUACCAUUGAGAUACCAUAUAAGAAGAAGGAACGUAAGCAAUCCUAUCCUCAAAAAAAUAGAUAUAUAACAAAAAGAUCGGAUUCGGGUUGUGAAACUUUUGCUAGUAAUUUGAAUUCCGAUUUCAAGCCAAAAGAUCGAUCACGUUACUUAGAAGGCAAUUGUAAAAGCAAUAAAUUAGUUAAGCCACAAACAUCUAUUUAUGAUGCUCAGAGUAAUUUCAGGCCCAAGACAAUUAGGCAAAAAAUAUCUGGAUUUUUAAAGAGGUCGAAAAUUUGCUUAAAGAGAUCAAAGCUUUUUGGGAAUAAUUCUAAAAUAUUAAAGCCAGGACAAAGUAGGCCAAACGGUUAUCACAAUAAAAGAAGUGAUUCUGCUUUAAACUCACCCAAAACAAGUAACCAAUCUAUGGAGUCGCGGAUUCCGAUUUUUGGUCCGUCCUUAAAAAAUGUUUCCCAAAGAUAUUUAUCCAGGAUUAGAAAGCGAUGCCCAUAUCCCACUGUUUACAGAGGAAAGAGCCAUCAACUUCCUGAAAAUAACAAUGAGAUGUACCAUGAGUACUCCAUGUACAACGUGCUGAGCUCAGCCGACCACCGACCAAAGGUAAAUAACGAUGACUAUGAUCGGGGAUUAAGUAAACGAACCAGUCAAUAUUUCAGAACCAUUGCUCCCGGGAAUUCCUACAAAGUAUCAAACCGCGUGUCCAGCGGAAAUUGCAGCCUUUAUAGUAAGGAUACAAGUGAAGAUCCCAUCAAGCCAAGUCAAAUAAAUGUUUGCCUUACGAUUCGGGCAACAGAUGUGAGCUUGUCCAACCCGAGAAUUAUAUCAUCCAAAGUGAUAAGAGGUCAUGGUUUAUCCAGCAAAGGUAAUGAUCAUAUAGGAGAGACUGACUCAAAUAUGGAUGUCAAAAUAAGCACUUCUCCCAAUCAUUCACUAUCAAGACAAACUAGCGGAUGCACAUUAUGUGGCAGCAAUUCCAUUUCUAGUCAUGAAAACCUGUUUAAGAAUGUCAGAGAACCUAAAUUUAGUUGCUCCCUUUCAUCAAACAGCUCCAAAAGCGUUUCGUUUAGAUCACAGAAAACCGGGACAUCUCACGAGAAUAAAUGCAACCAGAAGAGCACCCCUCCAGAUUUGAUAAAAAGUAGAUCUCCCCAGAAAGUUUGCCCACGCCAUCAUAUCCGCACUAAAUGGAGCUUAACCCGUCACUCAAAAUCUUGUAACCAUCAACCUGAUUGCGGUCAUUGCUUUUCUCCCGAUAGACUGGAAAACAAUAAUUCUAGACCCUGUCGAUCAAACAUGAUCGAAAAGUGUUCCAAACCACCGACCUUAUGUCAAUCCGAUACAAAUAAGAGGUCGUGCUUAAAAGGUGUAAGUAACAAAACCGAAAGGAUACCUCCCAAAAGGAUAAUCUUGAAAACAAAUAGUUCCAAGAGUCUAGUAAGCAGAUCCGUUUCCAGGACAUCGAGCAGUAAUAAAUCGCUUUGCCCAACGAAAAACAAGGAUCUGGACAUUACCAAUAAAAGUAAAUGCCACAGGUCUCAAAGUCACAAUAUUACGAUAGGCGACGAAGGAAAAAUUGAAGUCCCUCCGAGAAAAUCUUGCAGUUGCCCGAGGCAAAGACCAAAAACUUUUCCAAAAGUACCGAUCCGGAGAACACACCCACUGCCAGCAACAAAAUCGGAAUGUGCUUCCAAAGUCUCACCUAAAACUUCUGAAUCGACGAUAGGUAAGUGCUCAGGUGGUGCUUCGCAAAGAGAUAAUACAAGAAAUAUUAAACAACCAGACCAAAUGCAACUGGCUUGCUGUCCUGACCCCAUUCCAAAGUGGUCUUGUGGUCCUCAGAGUGAAUAUGCCAGUAGUUUCCCAGCCUUGCCAUCUCAGCAUCAGGAGUCCAUGGAAUCCAGUAUCCGAGGGGAUCUCUGUUGCCCAAAAAUUUCUAAUGAUUGGGACAUGGAGUCGUCCUGCAGGAGGAGCUUUGUUGAGGAACUGAAGAAGGAGCUAUUAGAGAGCUUCAGAACCGAACAGCAAAUUGAGUCCCAUGGACCUUUUCUUCGACCUACUCCGCAAAUCAUGAUAUUUCCCUGUGUUCCCGAUGCCAUGUGCCAACCCAGUCCGAAUAUCAAUCCAAUUCUAUUCCGCAGGCCGGAAUCUGUAGUCUGCUGGGCACCUUGCUCUAAGGCACAGGCGCCUCUAUGAGAAAUGGUAUGAUUUAUUAUUCACAAUUGGACCGUAUCUUAGAGCAAGUC